AAAAAAGACUCCCGGCGAACUACCCAACCCGGACGCCCGCCGGCUGCCGCUGCUCUCCACCGGGACGGCACGAUGGCGGCGAAGACGGCGAAGCGGUGGAGGUACGCGAUGGUGUGCUCGUCCAACAUGAACCGGAGCAUGGAGGCGCACUCGCUGCUGGCGCGGGCGGGGCUCGCCGUCGCCUUCUACGGCACCGGCGCGCACGUCAAGCUCCCCGGCCCCUCCCUCCUCGACCCCAACCUCUACCCCUUCGGCACCCCCUACAAGGCCAUCCACGACGACCUCCGCCGCAAGGACCCCGACCUGUACAAAAGGAAUGGCCUGCUGCCGAUGCUGAAGAGGAACAGCGCUGUCAAAGCCACACCGCAGCGGUGGCAAGACAAUGCCGGCGAUGGGCCGUUUGAUGUGGUGCUCACUUUUGAGGAGAAGGUCUUCGAUUCUGUCCUCGAAGAUCUGAAUUCUCGUGAACAAAGGCUGAUAAAUACUGUCCUGAUAAUCAAUAUGGAUGUCAAAGAUAAUCAUGAGGAAGCUGGUGUAGGGGCAAAGCUUGCUUUAAAUUUGUGUUUAUAUGCAAGUACCUACUGCAAUGUGUUUAUAUUGUGACAUCUUUGGCAAUUUUAGGCAAAUCAGCAUUUACAAACUUUGACUAAUAAGUGAAUUAAUAAUUUAGUCUUUUCGUUUAUGUUUAUACUUAUAAGCUAAAAUUUGAAUUUUCAACCUUAA